GUUAUCGCGCCUAUUCUUUGUGGUUGCCUGGCGGUGUGUGGAAGCGUCAUCAUGUUGGAAUGUUUAGCGGGAGAAGUGGAGACUGUGUACAAGCUGGCGGUAGCCACUGGCGAUACACUGUUCUCGGGCACAAUGAACUUCAUUUUUGCAACGAUCAUUGGCUCGGAAGGCCAGAGCAAUAGGCAGCUUCUGGACCACUUUGGACUGGACCUUUGCCCCGGGGCGAUUGACGUCUACAAUAUUCCAAGCAAGCUUGACAUUGGUGACAUCCGACUGGUUCGUCUGGAGAUGUUGGUGUGCCUGGUGAAUGACUCGUGGUUCUGCCGCUACGUGGAGGUCAACGCUCUGGAGUAUAUUUCUCACCACUGGCAUCAGGACUGAUUCUUUGGUUACCAAUUCAUGAAUGGCGUCAACCCUGUUCUCAUCAAACGCUGCACCAAGUUGCCUGAGAAUUUCCCUGUCACCACAAACAUGGUGAAGAGCAGCCUGGUCCCUAAAUGCUCCCUUAAACGAGAUCUAGGUGCUGUUAAGAUCUCCCGAUACUUUAAUUUUAAACUUACCCCUAAUAACCUUGUGCAGGCCAUAGCUUCAUAAGCUCAUCACUGCAGUGGUGAUGACCUGUGGGAUUGUUUUGUAUGUGCAUGUUCACAGCACGGCAAUGUCUACAUUGUGGACUACCAGUGCCUUGAUGGCAUUCCUGGCAAUACAUUCGAGCAUUCCAAGCCCUUCUACCUAGCAGCUCCCAUGUGCCUGCUUUACGUCAACAAACAGGGGCAGCUGCUGCCUAUUGCUAUACAGCUGCAGCAAAAGCCAUCGGCGGAUAACCCCAUCUUCUUGCCGAGCGACUCUGCGCACGACUGGAUGCUGGCCAAGAUGUGGGUUCGUUCCAUGGACUUUCAGAUCCAUGAGGUCUCCACGCACUUGCUCAAGACCCACUUGCUGGCCGAGGUGUUCACCAUGGCCACCUUGCGGCAGCUGUCUACAAUGCAUCCUGUCCAUAAGCUCCUGUAUCGGCACCUGCGCUUCACCCUGGAAAUCAACGUGCGUGCACGGACGCAGCUUGUGGGCACAGGGGCCUUUGUGGAUCAGGCGCUGUCAAUUGGGUGGUGGCCAUUUCAAGAUAGGCGGCAAGGGCUUGAAGGCGCUCACCUACAGACAUCUGUGCACCUGAAGGAUGUGGCAGAUCGAGGUGUUGGUGACUUGCCCAGCUGCUACUACUACAGGGAUGAUGCUUGCAGCAUCUGGAAGACCAUUCACAAGUUUGUCGACAAGAUACUUGCCAUCUUCUACAAAAGCGACGAAGACGUGAAAGGUGACGCCGAACUUCAAGCGUUGGUUGACGACAUCAACCAUGCCUUGCUGAGCAACCCGUCCAAUGGCUUUCCUACCAAGUUGACCUGUGUGGCAGAGUUGAGUGAAUUCCUCACCAUGGUUGUGUUCCUGUGCUCUGCCCAGCACUCUGCCGUCAACUAUGGCCAGUUUGACUUCUAUGCAUGGAUCCCAAAUGCACCCAGUGCCAUGAGGAAACCACCUCCAGCCACCAAAGGUGUGGUGGACAUGCCCUUCAUCCUGCAGACACUGCCUGAUGUGCAGGUGACUUGCAUUUCCAUAGCAAUCACCUGGGUGCUUAGCUGCAGUGCUGCAAAGAAAACCCUUGGAACUUUCCCAGAUGAACCUUUCCAGAACCCAGAUGCCCUCAAGGCCAUGCAAGAAUACCAAACCGACCUCGAGGUGAUUACAAAAUCCAUUGUUGAAAGAAACAAGACCCUUCCCAUCAAGUAUCCCUACCUGAAGCCUGACAAGGUGGCCAACAGCAUCACAAUCUAAAUGAUGGGGGCAAACCUGAGGAUUAGAUUUUUUUCACUUUCCUGCCUUGUCCUUGUGUGCUGAGGGACCAAAUCGCGGUUUUGGUCUAUGUAAGCUUUAACAUUUAAAUUUGCAAUGCAAUCUUAUGUUUUCUAGUCUGUGCCCUGCCUUAGGCUUAAAUGCACGUAACACUUAAUUGAACAGGGUCCUGAAGACCCAUACAAGAUUUCAAUGCAAAAAUGUGCCACAAUGGUGAAUUUUAAGAUGUUGAAGGAAAUCUGACACUGACAUUGAUUUUCCGUGUGGUUUUCACCAAACUGUUGUGCCUUGCACUGUCCACGUUGCAAAAUGAAAAAUAAAAUCUCAACAUUCU